GCUUGACACAUGUAUAUGCCCAUGUCGCUGCAAUAUCGUGGAGCCGCCCUGUCAUUCCAACCCACUGUUUCUGUUCCUUAUGACUGCCACCCACGUCUCGUUCGGUGCUGCAGAUAGCCAGGAAGCCAACCACGAUAUCUAUCGUGGGGACCGCCAGCAUAUCUCUGGCCCAAUGGAUGUCCAUUCAAUACACUCGUCAUUUUCCUCAACGUCCUCAUCUGGUUCGUCCCCGGCAUCAGGUGUAGGCGCUCUAGCGGCCGUGGUCGAGCAUGCUAUCUCCCGCUGGGCACAUAGAUACUUGCCGGCUUCGUUGCCCUCUGGUUCAUCGAUCUCUUUAUACACUCAACGCUCCUCUGCUUAUACUCACUCCCGCCGCCAUGGUUGGCGACGCAAGGGACGACCAGUCUCUCUCGACACGACAAUUGCCUCUGAAUUCGACAUGAGUGCACGUGUCCGGGCCCGACGGGAGUCGCGACGUGUUCCACGGGAAUUUGCUCUGUAUUUACCACCAGAAAUGACCCGUGACAACUCAGCUUUCCCUUCCCUGCAUACCCAACAAGCUGUAUUUCGUGGGAUGUCGCUGCCCCGUAUACUCAGUCGACUCGAGAAGGCACGGAAGAAUGCUGCACAACCUAGGAAGGGCAAGAAGGUCUACUACCCUACCGGUCUUCCUUUGACAAUUGCAGUUCCCUCUGGGCAAUCGGAAGGACCCAGUCGUUCUGUCUCGUUGAUGGACGUUACAGCUGUUCGACCGUCGAAGGGCAAACAGAGGGCGAUGCCAGCUCCUACACCUGUUCCAAAGGAGAAGGCAUCCAAGGCCUGGUGGCUUGACGUUGCAAACCCUAAUUGGGACGACUUGCGCACGAUCGGCAAGUUGCUCCACUUGCAUCCAUUGACGCUUGAGGAUAUUCUCCAACGAGAUAUGCGAGAAAAGCUUGAGUUAUUCCCUAGGCUGGGUUAUCGAUUUAUCGUGUUCCGGGCCACGGACAAUGCUAUCACUCGCGAGCCGUUUGGACGGCAAGGCGAUGAAGGGUUACUUGGGGAAGCAAGCAUAUACUUGGUUGUAUUUCGGGAUGGAAUAUGCACGUUCCAUUUCACCGACAUAUCCGAUCAUAUCGAGCGUAUACGGAACAGAAUAGAGCUACUCGAGGACAAUGUUCACACGACCAGUGACUGGAUUGCUCAUGGCUUGUUGGACUCAGUGGUGAACUCCUUUUUCCCGAUUCUGCGGGAGAUCGAAAAGGAGGUCGCUGCUGUAGAAACUAUCCUAUUUUCUAACGGGGAAUGUGCUAGCAGCCCAUCGGCUGGCAGCUCAACCGCCUCCACUACCACUGUGGAAGAGGAGAAAGUAGAGUUAUCAUCCAUUCCAUGCUCUGAAAAGAUUGAAAUCAUCGCUGGGGAGGGUUCCCGCUUCUCAGCUCCUCGUUUUGCGGUCCCCUUAGCCUCCCGCUACCUGAAGCAAAAAGUUAAUCUUUUCUUGAACAGCGUCUUCUCUACUCCCAAGGCAAAAUUCGUCUCAUCACAGGCUGCUACUACAGCGACCCUCAGGCGUAUUGCACGUACCAGACGACUCGUUACGUCUUUGACUCGAUUACUGGCAUCCAAGUCUGAGGUAUUGUCACGGGUUCGUAAAAGGUACCUCAAUGGUACAACGGUCGUGCAAAGUGAUGACGUGGAAAUUGCUAUGUAUAUGGGUGAUGUCCAUGGUACUUGUUCUGAAUCAAAUUUGGUCUUUCCUAGCUUAUUGUUUCUAGAUCACAUUCUUGCUUUACAGCAAGCUCUCUCUCAUUACGAGCAUAUUCUUAGUCAAUCGCAUCCCAUAUACCUCUCGCAGCUGCGGAUGAAUGUAUCAAAUGCGAGAACAGGUUCUGACAAAGCUAUCCUGAUUCUGUCGCUCGUCAGCUUUGGGGCGAUGGUUCCUGCACCAAUUAUCGGAGCCUUUUCGAUGAAUAUACAUACCCCACGCAAUACUGUUAACAAUCCGAUACCAUCUGGAGAUUAUUAUUGGUUUGGAGUAGUACUUGCGGUAGUCGUUUUUGUGGAGUGCGGCUUUGUAGCUUUAGUACGAUACUGGUGGGUGCGAGCGAAGCGGCAGCGGCAAUCAAAAUUGAUUUAGUGCAAUGGGAU